UUUGACAUAUAUGGCAGGAGACAAAGCCAUCCAUGGCAGUAAAUCAGCCAUGAUUUCUUGCCUAGCUCUCUUUUAUCGCUUGUUCAGCUGGUAAAUCUUGACGCCCAUCAUUUAGCCAAUUGGGCGGAGUGCCAGCAACUUUAUAUCUUUGAAAGAUCGAGUUUGACCUCGCCGAAUAAGGACGUGGAAGGAAAAAUAAACAUGCAUAUAUAGAAUCAACGGUAGAGGAAUCACAAGUCAACUGUCGAGUCGAGGAUUCGUCGACGCCGGCUAUGGGGUCGCGGAGCCCCGACGGAGGCGGAUGGGGGGAGAUCGAGGUGGUGGAGGAGGCCAACGGAGGCGGCGGCGUCGGCGUUCUUCCUGUGACUCCUUCCUCCAGAAACAACAGCGUGGAGGAGGAGGAGCAGGACGUGUACGUGGCGGUGGGGGAGGGGAGCUCGAGCAUGGACGCGCUUAUGUGGGCGCUGAAGCACGUCGCCCGGCCUUCCGGCAUCGUCUACCUCGUGCAUGUCUUCCCGGCAGUCCAUCACGUUCCCACUCCAUUAGGAAUGCUACCAAGAGAUCAAGUGAGCCAAGCACAAGUGAACACUUACUUGGAUCAAGAAAGAGUCAAACGACGAGACAUGCUGCAAAAGUUUCUAGCCGAAUGCCAAAAGUCCAGGAUGAACUUUGACACUCAUCUCAUUGAGAGUGACCAAAUUGUGAAGGCCGUUGCUGAACUCAUUGAGGUUCUCCACAUCAAAAGGUUGAUUGUUGGGGUCAACAAAUCCAACUUACGGAAGAUGAAGAAAGCAAGCUGUAAAGCAGUACAGAUACAGAAAAGUGCAGCUCAGUACUGCGAGGUGAAGAUCAUAUGCGAGGGAAGAGAAGUCAGAGAUCCUGAGCAAUCUACAGUUAUUUCCCCGGCUGCUGAAUCCCUCAGCCAUGAUAAGAACAGUACUGAUGGAAAGAGAACUAAGGACGAGGUAAGUGAAGCAAAGCAAGGUGCAGUUUCUUGUAGUUGUUUUUCUGUAAAGUUGUUGUGAGUUCAAGUGGAGUGUGGAGAAAAGACUGUUAUUUUCUGUUUGAUCUUUUCAUUCCAAUCACUAUUUCUUCACAUUUUUAUGUAUGAUCAAGUUAAGUCCUCAUGGG